GAGAAAUGCAGCCAAGUAUAAAAUUGUUUAUGUCCAUGGCUUUGAUUCUUGUAGGCAUGAUGCUGUUGUUGCCAAGGUCCUAUCUCUGGAAGUUGCUGAAGAUUUAGGGAUCUACAUUUUGUCUUUUGACAGACCAGGGUAUGGAGAGAGUGAUCCCAAUCUGAGACGAAUGGUAAUUGGUAAAGAGCAUGGCUUUGGAUAUAGAAGAACUUGCUGAUCAAUUGGGAUUAGGAUCCAAAUUUUAUGUAAUUGGCUCGUCCAUGGGUGGGCAGGUGAUUUGGAGCUACCUCAAGUAUAUCCCUCACAGGUAUUGUUCUGCUGAUUGGCAUGGGUGUAUUGCUUUGUCCAUGCGCCCUUACUUUUGAGUUUUGGCAUCUCUAGAUGGGCUUAUUAAGGGAUAUUUGUAAGACCAACAGGUUAGCAGGAGUGGCACUAUUCAACUAUUGGCUCCAGUCGUUAACUAUUGGUGGCCUGGCUUUCCUGCAAACUUAUCUAAAAAGGCCUACCAUGAACAAUUACCACAGGAUCAAUGGGCACUUUGUGUGGCGCACUAUGCCCUUGGCUUACCUACUGGUGGAAUACACAAAAGUGGUUUCCAGCAUCUAGCGUUGUAGCUCACAGUACUGAUGUCCUUUCUCGCCAUGACAAGGAACUUAUUCCUAAGCUUUCUGCAAGAAAGGAGUAUGUGGUACAAGUCAGACAGCAAGGAGAAUACGAGUCCCUGCACUGUGACAUUAUAGUUGGGUUUGGAAACUGGGAGUUUGAUCCUAUGAGUCUUGAAAAUCCUUUCCCAACAAUGAGGGUUCUGUCCACAUUUGGCAUGGGGAUGAAGAUGCGACGGUGCCUGUGAUGCUUCAACGUUAUAUUGCUCAACAACUCCCAUGGGUUCAUUACCAUGAGCUAGCAGGUGCUGUGCAUCUGUUUCAACAUGCUGAUGGGAUGUCCAACAAUAUCAUAAAAACACUUCUAAUUAGAGAAAAGUAGCCUCUCUUCAUCCUUGGAGUCUUCUUUCCCAGUUAUCCCCUUGAUUACUGCAAUUAGACUGAUUCCAGAUGGAUUCUAGGGCUGCAACUUCCAACAGUGAAAUGAAUAUUAUUUGUCACAAUGGAAAGGAGAAAUGAAGCUUGUGAGAGUGAAAAGACAAAAUGAAGCAGGAAGGAGGGUUUGAUUUUGUUACUGGUAACUUUGAUCCUUAUUUGAAAGUAUUUUGUAACUCUCUUUUUCUCUUUUUUUUCAGUUGACAUCUGGAAAUUUGAACAAGACAGCCUUGGUUGCUCUUUUCCUUGCCUACCUUCACCCCCAUAAUGUGUUAUAUGCUUAUCUAGAUGCAAUCGGUUUCUAUUGCUGGGUACCAUUGCCCCCAUGAAAGGUAAUAUUUAAGGCUGCUUGAGGCUGUUCGGAACAAUAUCAAUUGAUGAUACAUUAGCAUGUGGUUUGGUUUUGCAUUUACGACUUAGUAGGCCAGUCUUCUUGGUAUGAUGAUGGCACACCUGAUGCCACUAUUGAUCCUUAAUGUCUUUGGCCCUUUGCCAUAAUAACUGCACAUUCAUUUU